AUGAGCCAAGGAGAAGAGAAGGCCCCGCUGCUCCUUGCCCAGGUUCCAACGAUGAGUCACUGGCCCGAGUCCAACGGGAGCGUCCCAUGGGAGUUCGUGAUCCUGGGCUUCUCAGGGUGGCCCCCGGAGCUCCGGGUGCUGCUUUUUGCCCUCCUCCUACCGCUCUAUCUGGCCAUGCUGACGGGGAAUCUGCUGAUCGUGGGCCUGGCUGUGGUGGACACCGCCCUGCACACCCCCAUGUACUUCUUCCUGGGGGCCCUGUCUGCCGUGGAGGUGGCCUAUACACUGGUGCUGACCCCGCCCAUGCUGGCCGGCUUCCUCCUGCCGCCCGGGGGCCAGGCGGUGGGCCCCUCCACCUGCGCCGCCCAGAUGGGCCUCUUUGUGGCGCUGGGGGGCUCCGAGUGCCUGCUGCUGGCGGCCAUGGCCCUGGACCGCUACCUGGCCAUCUGCCACCCCCUCUACUACCCCCAGCUCAUGACCACGGGGCUCUGCUGGUGCCUCCUGACCUGCUGCGGCCUGGGGGGCUCUCUCCUGGCCUUGGGCCUCACCACGGCCAUCUUCCAGCUGCCCUUCUGCCACGGGGGCCUGGUCAACCACGUCUUCUGUGACCUCCCGGCGGUCUUGGUGCUGGCCUGCGGCGACCGGGACCUUCAGGAGCGCGUCCUGCUGGCGGCCUGCCUGCUGCUGCUGGUGCUGCCGCUGGCGCUCAUCCUGCUCUCCUACACCCGGGUGCUGGCGGUCAUCCUCGGGAUGAGUGGGGCCGCGGGCCGCCGCAAGGCCUUCAGCACCGUGGCGUCCCACCUGACGGUGGCCGUGCUGCACUACGGCUGCGCCACAGCCAUGUACGCCCGGCCCCUGUGCAGCCGCUCCCUGGAGGAGGACAAGCUAGUCUCGCUCAUCUACAUCAACCUCACCCCGCUGCUCUACCCGGCCAUCUACACGCUGCGGAACCGCGACGUGCAGGGCGCGCUGUGGCGGGCCGUGGGCCCCAGGACGCCAGGCGCCACCCACCAGGCUGAUGUCACCUAA